AUGCGUGAAAAUCAAGGUCCGGCAAGUCCUUUGACUGUCAGCCGUACGGGUCCCAUCGUAUCUGCGUUUGGUGGUCUCAGCAUCGCCAUCAGGUCUGUAUCGACUUUAGAUAAAUAUCCUGCACGAGAGCAUGCGCAAAGAGUCGCUCGAGCUCUGGACGUUGAUCAAGGUCUCAUCUACUUACUUGGUGAACAGACCCUGAACUGGCCUGAUAGCGAUCAACCUCGCGCUUUUAGGCAGCUUCGCUACUUUCUGUACCUAAGCGGAUGUCAGGAGGCCGACUGCUUCGUAACAUAUGAUAUUGCGUCAGACAAGCUGACUUUGUGGUUGGCACCCAUCGAUCCACGAAAGGUUGUCUGGACCGGCAGAGGAUCUACUGUUCAAGAGGCGCUCGACAAGUACGACAUUGACGAAGCCCGUUUUGCACCAUCGCUUGCACAUUUCGUCAAGAAAUGGACUUCUAACCAUGCAGGCUCCAUUUAUGUUCUACACCCUAAUGAGGCCCUUUCCAAGAGUUUUCCUUCUAGGGUCGAUUCAGAGAAGCUCCGACCGGCGAUGGACGAAUGCCGGGUGAUCAAAGAUACUCACGAAAUUUCUUUGGUCAAGAAAGCCAACCAUAUCAGUGCAUUGGCUCACGAGAAAGUGUUGCAAAAGCUACGGUCAUUCAAGAAUGAAGCGCAAGUACAGGCCGAGAUUCUGGACGUCUGUGUAGCCCACGGUGCCAAACACCAGGCAUAUGAAAUCAUUGCUGGGUCUGGACCGAACGCUGCAGUCCUUCAUUACAUCAAGAAUGACGAGGAUUUUGAAGAUCGCCAACUGAUGUGCUUAGAUGCUGGCGCAGAGUGGCAAGGAUAUGCAGCAGAUGUCACCCGAACGUUUCCCCUUUCCGGUCACUGGCCUUCUCGCGAGGCAAAACAGAUAUACGACUUGGUGCAGCGUAUGCAGACGAAAUGCAUGGAUGUGCUUGGACCCGGAGCACGAUUCGUAGACGCGCAGUAUCUCGCGCACCUUAUUGCCAUUGAAGGGCUGCUCGAGCUGGGAAUUUUCCACAACGGCUCCAAGAAGGAGAUCUAUGAGGCAGGUACAUCGAUUGCUUUUUUCCCACAUGGUCUCGGUCAUCAUAUGGGGUUGGAAGUGCAUGAUGUAUCGACGGUGCUCACGAAAACGAACAGCGCCACUACUGACGCGGAUGAUGGCGUCGUCCCAGAGAUUGCUUCGCAUCUACCUAGCGUAGAGACUAGAGCAGAGCUUGGGUCGUUGUCGGCCAACAUUGUUCCUGCGGUAUGGAGCAGGGCUCUCAAUGAAGCGAGCGCGCCUAGUCUGCAGCCUGGAAUGAUCAUCACAGUAGAGCCAGGCCUCUAUUUCAACCGUGAAGCUCUCGAGACAGUGUUCUUCCCCUCUCCGGUACAUUCAAAGUACAUCAACAGAUCGGUACUCGAGCGCUUCAUGGCGGUUGGUGGAGUCCGUAUCGAAGACGAUCUAUUGAUCACUAAAGAUGGAUGGGAAAACCUGACGACUGCGGCGAAGGGCGAGGCGGCCCUUCGGAUUAUCCGUGGUGAAAGCUAA